AUGACUACACAUGAAAACCUGCUCGAAAAUGUAUUACAAUCUACACAGAAAUUUAACUGCGGCUCAUCAAUUAUUACAUUAUUACCUUCAAUUUUAUUUUUUUAUUAUUUUUGGCGUUUAUCCGAAACUUAUAUAAUAGCAUACAUGAAUCCAAUUCAAAGACCACGCCGUCUGCACAGAGUUCCAAAAAAUACAUGGUGGAAAUUCUGGCUGAAGAUAAUACUUACUUCAAUGCUAGUAUGGAGUGGUAGUCAAUGUUGGUCAGAUGGAUUAAUACUUGUGCUUAAAAAUUACACGUUAGUUUUUCUUACAAUGAUAAACAAUUGCUUAGAACCGCACUAUGAAAUGAACCAAACUGCUUUGGAAUUACUGGAAUGUAUUUGUAAUUUAAUCGUUUGUUAUUCUGUUGUGGCUUUUAUACGCUGGUGUUACAUCUAUGUUGAUAAUAACUAUCAAUACACAAGAAGGAGAUCGAGAAUACGCCGAAUAUACAACUGGCGUACGCUGAUUCCUGGGAGAGAAACAAGCGAACUAGGAGAAGAUGGUUAUUUGUUAAUGCAAACUAUUAUACCUACAGAAUCCCAACAACAUUCAGAGUUGAUAGAAAAUAACAAUCCGAAAAAAUUGAAAAUUACUCAAAGUUGUCAAAUGUCUACGAAAUACAAAUCAAUUAUUCCAAAAGUAAUUGUGAGACGUAAAUCCAUAUAA